AUGAAGUACCUAAAGUGGCUAUCAAUUGGCAGGAAGGAAAAAGUGAAGGAUAAUAAAGUUAGCAUUGAUGAUCUCAAAGAUGGCAGCAGCGUAUCUGGGCAACUUAAGGGUUCGAUCCUGAAGGAAACUUUACGGUCAAUGGAGUUAUCAUCACAAUGUACCGUCGAUGCUCAAAAGAAUAUCGCCAAUGGAUCGGCGAUGGGAAUAUCUGGAACUAAAACUUCCACGGGACCAUCCCGAAAAACCAGCAUCUCAAGCAAAAGGAAGUCUUGGUAUAGUUUGUCGAGCAGAAAAUCGGAAGACUGUGAACCUAUCGCUAUUAAACAGACCAGCCUUUGCAAUCGAACGGAAAGCCGUAAAGAUCCAAAAACAACCUCUCCACACGCAAUUAAAGAACCUCUACCUCUACUCAACACCCACAAAAACGCUUCCAACAAUUCCAUCACAAUCAUCGUUACAUCCCCAACCCCAGAUUCCAACAUCCCACCAGACUCUUGCUCUAUAUCUAGUACAUCAUCACAUAUCUCAUCCCUGUCCUUGAAAUCCACCUCCAGCUUCGAUCCAUCCCUUCUCAUGCCCCCCUUUCCACCAACUCCUCUAAAAUAUGACAUCCCCAAGUCAAACGAAGCGCCCGAGGUGAAAAAAUGGCUUAUCGGUUGUAUGAAUCGAAAAGCUGAUACGCUCCCUCGCAAACUCGUUUUUCGAAUGAUGGAAAUUUAUGGGAUUAAAAAAGAAGAGUUGAAUCCGAAGAUGUGGGGAAAACUUCAGGAAGGGGUUGUAGAUGAAGGAGUGGUAUUGAGUGUUGAUGUUGAUUCUGAUGUUGAUGUUGAUGCUGAGAAUAAGGAUAAGGAUAAGCAUGAAGGCAAUGGGAAUAUUGAGGAGGAGAAACAAGAGCCGGAGAAGGAAAAGAAGGAAUCUAACAGUGUCGAUGCAAUGCAGAACCCAAGGAUUUCAUUCUAUUCUCGAGGAAAGCGGGGUCGAAAAGAUAACACCUCCGAACAUCCCAAUAACACCAUUCCCACGAAACGACAUUCCUACCCUACCACCAAUCCCAGAAUUAAUACCAAAAACCACAUCAUCACCACCAUCAAAAGCCCAAACCCAAACAAAACCGGGCCAAACCCACAAUCUCCACCCCCCAGACCCUCAACCACCAACCCACGAGUCUGGCAAAACCCCUCUUCGCGCGCUCGCAAUUGGCCAACCACUAUCCCCAAUAAUAAUAACAUGAUGAAUAUGCACCAUAACGCUGCAUUUCCUUUCCCUCCUUAUGCACAUAUGAAAUCGAGACCGAGCUCGCAGCAUGGGAAACAUGGUAGGUAUGGAAAUGGGAAUGGAAAUGGGUAUGGGAAAAUGAAAAAGAAGAGGGGGGUUUGUCCGCCGUGUUCGAAGAGGGGAUCGAUGAUUUCUUUGGGGAGGAUUCCGGAACAUGAGGAGGAGGUUCGGGGAGGGAUCGGGGAGGUGAGGUGAGAGGUGAGAGGUGAGAGGUGAGAGGUGAGAGGUGAGAGGUGAGAGGUGAGAGGUGAGAGGUGAGAGGUGAGAGGUGAGAGGUGAGAGGUGAGAGGUGAGAGGUGAGA